AUGUCAUCUAUACUAAAACACUUGAACAAAGACACGAUUGCUGCGGUGCUUCGCAGCACCGUAUUCAACCCCGGGCUCACUGCCCCGGCGGCAGCGGCGGUGACUUGGAUAUUGGAACCGGACACACUCAGUGCCCGCGGGUUGCAUAGUGGUCUCCCUCAACUUCUCCUGGCGGUAUGGCUCUUCACGGCAGCCGGUCUGGCCUUGCGGCUCCAUGAGGAGCUGAACAAGUGGACCGCCAACAACUGGACGAGGGACGACACCUGGGACUGGGAUAACGAGGUGGUGCUCAUCACCGGAGGCAGCAGCGGCAUCGGCGCCAACGUGGCCCAGCAGCUCGUGGCUCGCAACCCCCGCACGACGGUCGUCGUCGUGGACUACGUCCCUCUUACCUGGCGGCCGGCGCCCGAGGCUAAUGUGCGGUAUUUCCAGUGCGACCUCAGCGACAAGGCGGCCAUCAGAACCCUGUGCGAACGCGUGAGGCGCGAGGUGGGCAACCCGACCGUGCUCAUGAACAACGCCGGCCUCUCACGUGGAUUCUCGGUCAUGGAUGGGACUUACACGGACGUCGAGCUGACGAUCAAUACGAACCUCGUCGCCCCGUUCCUGCUGGUGAAGGAGUUCCUCCCACACAUGGUGAAGUCGAACCACGGCCACAUCAUCCACGUGGGGUCCAUGAGCGCGAUGAUGCCGCCCGCUCGGAUCGCGGACUACGCGGCCACCAAGGCCGGGCUGAUAGCUCUCCACGAGGCCCUCCAACUGGAACUCAGGUACGUCAAUCAAGCGCCCAAGGUGCGAUUGACACUUGGUGUCUUCGGCUUCAUCAAGACGCCAUUUUUCAGGAGCGACCGGUCGGGGCAGUCGCCGUUCCUCUUCCCGCUUAUCGAAUCGGAAACGGUAGCCCGGUUGUUCGUGGACACGCUCUACAGCGGCUUCGGGAAGACGAUAUACAUGCCGGGUGUCAUGCGAUACGUGGCCAUGUUGCGGGGCGGACCCGAGUGGCUAUUGAGGAUGACCAGAGAAGAGACCCAGAAACUCACGGUUGACCUUGGCGGCUAUCAGACAGUCAACAGCAAGACUGGAAAGUUGGAAAUUCCGGGAGGCCGUAGCGCUACUUGA